AUGGACCAGCAGAAGAUUCAGGCAAUCACAGAUUGGCCGCCGCCUAAGGAUAUCCACGCCUUGAGGGCGUUCCUUGGUCUAUGCAAUUUAUAUCGGCGAUUUGUGAAAAACUACUCCCUCAUUGCAGUACCAUUGACAGAACUCCUCAAGAAGGUCACACCUUGGGAAUGGGGACACAAGCGAGCGGAGGCCUUCAACGCAUUGAAAGUGACUAUGUCUAGUAGCCCCAUCUUGGCCCUUCCUGAUCUGGCCAUGCCAUUCGAAGUACAAACAGAUGCAUCUGACUAUGCCCUCGGUGGAGUCUUGCUACAAGAAGGGCAUCCUGUAGUGUACGAGAGUCGGAAGCUGAAAGAUGCAGAGUGGAGCAAUGCCGCCCAUGAGAAAGAAUUAUUGGAUGUCGUCCACUACUUGCGCCUUUGGAGGCACUAUUUGCUGGAGAUCCCGUUCGUGGUCAAGAUAGACAACACAGCUGUUAGCCAUUUCAUGACGCAGCCGAAGUUGAAUGGUCGACAAGACAGAUUUUCACUUAAAAUCCCUCAUCUGCACUUGCAGUCAAUCCAUUACACCUGCGGGCUUGCAGGAAUCAAUAUGUCAAACUCUCAAGCAACACCCACCCACAUAGACGCCGGCCUUGGUCUUCAUGGUGAGAACGAGCACAUAGUCGCCCCAGGAAAUGGAGUACCUCCCCUUAAUCCUGAUGGACCACCGGCCAUAGAUCCAGUCAAUACUCAACAAGCUCUGAUAGAACAAGUCCAAAAUCAUAGUCGAGCACCAAGCAGAUUCGAACUCGAUACAUCACAGGAAGUUAUUCAUAUGGUCGAACCUGUACCAGAGAAAUUGAACGAUAAUGGAUCAGGAAUUGACCCCUCCAUCAUGAAGAUUCUCGAGGAGCUCACUAAGCGGAUCGAAUCAAGAGAAAAGAAAAUUGAGGCUAAUGAUAAAAAGGUAGAAACAUACAAUUCACGGGUUGAUCAAAUACCGGGGGCACCCCCGAUUAUAAAGGGUUUAGAUUCGAAGAAGUUCGUACAAAAGCUUUUCCCACCAAGUGUGGCUCCGAAGACCAUACCAAAGAAGUUCGCAUGCCAAAAAAUCCCAAGUACAAUGGAACCACUGAUCCUAAUCAGCAUGUAA